UUUUGAUUUUUUUCCGGCGACUUAUCCAAAAAUAAACGACAAAAAACUGUUGCUUCGCCGAUUCUACUCAUAAAAGGGUCGAAUUCAACAAGUGCGAACACAACGAUACAAUUUAAAAGAUAUCGAAUAAAAAACUGUUUGGAAAACUUUUCGCUCGCAAAAUAAACCACUGGACGAACGAACGCUUAAAAGCGAGAUAAUAUUUUCUGCAAAACCGAAUCACGACGGAAAAAAGAAGAGAAAUUUAUAGAAUUCUGUAUGAAAAAAAGUUUAACAACGAAGAAUCAAGCUUGAAAACGUGAAUCGGAAAAAUAAUUUGCGACGAGCGAGUGAGUGUUGACGAACACACAAACGGCACUAUCAAUUUCAUCAGCGAAAAAAAAAAUCGAGCGAGCAAAGGAAGCAACUAAGAAGCAAGAGAAUACAAAGGAUUUGGAGCUGCAAGAUAUUUUACCAUUGUUACCCGCUCAAAAUUAUCUGUUCGUUGAACGAGUUAUAGCAAUAUUAUUGCUGGCAAUUGUGGAGUAAAGUUUGCCGAAGUUGGAAUAAGAAGUCAUUGAUUUUCUAUUUGCGGUGGCAGGAUGACAAUGCAAUUGCAUUAAAAUUCAACGGAAAACCAGUGAACAAUUAAUGUUUGAUUGAAGAAUUUAAAAAAAAAAGAAGCGAUAACGGGAAAAUAACAGAACUCUUGAAAAUUUCUCUGGCUCUCGUCAAAAUUGCGCGACAAACUUUCUUUAAUUGAACAAACAAAAGUAAUUGUGAGUGAAGUGAAAAUGCGAUCUGAAUUGACCGAAGAACCGACCCAUUCAGCAUCGAAUCGUCAUCAAAAUCAAUUUGUCGAAGACAUUGGUCAAUCGGUGGCCAAUGCACUGUUCGGUUACACCAAUGCCAAUGAGAAACAAACAACGCCCAACGAAGAAGAAACCGGCUCAAUGAGACCGAAACGUAGCGCCAAAAAACAGCAAGUGCAACUAUUCGAUCCAGAGAUGACUGACUCAAGUUCACAAAGUGAUGACACAAGUGGCUGCGGUGGUACGACAACAACACGAACAUCACGCGGACGAAGUGCAACCAAUUCACGACGGCGAAAAGGCCAACUAAAUGCUAAGGAACGCAAUUUGCGACGCUUGGAAUCCAAUGAACGUGAACGCAUGCGAAUGCACAGUUUGAACGACGCUUAUGAGUCAUUGCGUGAGGUGAUUCCGCACGUGAAAAAAGAGCGUCGUCUGUCAAAAAUCGAGACACUUACAUUGGCCAAAAACUAUAUAACCGCUCUAACGGACAUAAUUGUGCUAAUGCGCGGCGAAAAUGGGAUCAAUGGCAAUGGUCUCAGUUCGACUUCAAUUAGUUGUGAUUUCAUUGAAACGAAUGCAGCCAACGACAUUGACGAUAUUGAUACACUGAAAAGUGACUGCUUCGAUGAAACAUUUCCGGAUUUACUUAAUUAAACAAGUUCGAUGACAAUAAUAACAGCAUCACCACCAGCAGCAGCAGAACCAGUGCAAAAGCAUCAAGUGUUCGCUUCAUCAAAACAACAACAACAAUAACAAACACAGAACAAACAAAUCUAAAAAGAAAACAAACAGAUUAAAUGUAAUCAAGGUAAUAAUUACUCGUCUCUUUUCAUUCUUUUUUCGGGAUUGAUCAGUAAGACAAGAGGGAAAAAAUGAUUUGAGAUGAGCUCCAGUCAAGUCGUUGAAAGUUAACGAUGACGACGAACAACGUCUUUCGUACUUUUUAUAAAAUACCAAUUGACUGAAGAUGAUUGUGUUGUUUUUUUAACGGUAAAAAAAAAGUUUCAACCAAAAUGAGCUUGAGAAAAUGAUUAUGAGUUUUGGUUUUUAAUUUUUCAAUUGUUCUUGAUGUAGCAAUGAUUAAGUACGAUUUAAUGCGAUUUAAUUGAGAAAUGUGAACCAGUUUGAACAGGAGAACAAACAAAUUUGUGCAAUUACAUAAUUUCAAUUAGGUUUUUUUGUUGAUUUUUUUUUUUACAUGACACACCAAAUUGAUGUCGUAUGUGUUCAUAUGCUCUUUCCAUUAACAACUAACAUAAAUAGACACACACAUAUACCGGCAUGCGGAUGAAACAUACAUUUUUUUGUUCUUCUAAAAAUAGACAUUUUUACAGCAAUCACUCAUCAGAUGAUGAUGAGUGGGUGCACGAUCCCACUGUUAUUAUUAUCAUCAUAUAAAUAAAUAUCAAUUUACAAACACUUUCGUGUGUAUGUUUGUGUGUGUGUAUGUGUGUGUGUGGGUCUACAGUAAAUAAAAAAAGGAAACGAAGAUGAAGAAAAAUACAUACAACCAAACAGAAAGAGAGGAAAUGAUGAACGAAUAAAGGAAAAAAAACACAGCAAAUAGAUUCUUGGAUCACGCUAAAGGUCUGCACACCGAAUGAAUAUAUUCAUAUUAAUUCAGCUGUAUUGUAAUAUAAUAUUAUACAUAUAUGCAUAAACUAAAAUAUGAUAAAUUAGAUACGUAAAUAUAUUUAUAACUGGAUGUGGUGUUACAGGAUGUGUUCGUGAAAAUGAUGGAAGUGGUAGAGGCGAGGUGUUAGUGAAGGCAGGAAAAAAUGGAAAAGCGGAAGAAGAAGGAAAGGAGAUAAAUUUGUACAUUUAUUAUUUCAAUGAGUCAAGUCAAACUAGUCACUAUGGUUUAAAGAAGAAAAAAAAAACCAGAAAAAAAUGAAGAAAAAAAUAUGAAAAAUCUCAUUGUGAUGAGAUCAUAAGAGAGCUAAAUAUAUAUUAGGAAGAGAGUUGUUGAUUGAUUGGGAAUUUUAAAAGAUAUAUGGCUGUAAUUUUAUGUAAGAAAGGGAGAUUUAAUCAGUGAAUUAGUAGUUGUAUUCGACCUUAAAUCAAAUUGGAGCAAAAGCCACAUAAACACACGUACACGCAUGCGAAAAGGGAUUUUUUUCUUCUCUCUCUCUCAACAAACUCUAUAUCUAUUAAUAUUUACUAUACUAUACUACAAACUACAUAUAAAUGUACAUGAAAAAAGCCUGCAGUUUUCUAUAUUUCACAGUACAAAUAUCGUAAAAAACGACGAUGACGAUGACGAGAAAUCUAAACAAUACACCCCGCAGCAUUUAAUGGCAUGGCUUUAUGUCCCUUAUUCGCUGCUCGAUGAAAAAUUCCAUUAUAGUUUGUAAUGUUGUUGCUCAAUUAGAUUGUAUGUGUUGUAUGUGUGUUUACAUUCCCUUGUAUAUUUCAUUCAAUUUUUUUGCCUUUCGUUCAUUUGUUCGUGUUGGUUGUGUUGACGCGCUCACACUCAUGUUUUCGUUUUAUUUUUUGGCAUUUCCCAGUAGGCCGACAGCAAUAUCAAUCUGUUUCGAAUAUAUGAUUUUAUUAUAAGUUACAUUUAAUUUCAUAUAAUAUAAAUUAAUAAAUGUUGUGUAACCGCCACGAGGGGAAGACACAUUCAUUUAACGUAUUGUUGUGGAUAAUACACACAGUUAAUGCGCCGUGUGAUGAUGAUGAUGAUGCCAAGAGAUGAAUGGGUUUUUGUUUGAAACGCGUAGGAAUUUAUUGUUGAUCGAAAUGACGUCGGCGAAAGCGGUAAAAUGAAAAGCAGCAGUGGCGGCAGCGGAAGCAGCCAAAGAGGCUGGAGAGGGAAAACGGUGAAUAAAUCUAAAGUGACUCCGAGAAUCAGCUAAAUAUGUGAGCGAUAUCUCUAAUGAAAUUCAUGAAGAGCAUUCCUUUAUGCAAUACUUCAAGCCCGUUUCUUUCUUUGCCUUCGCUCUAUCUUUCUCUCUCUCUCUCUCUCUCUCGCUUUCAUUCCUUAUCUCUUCUACGGUUCAUUCAUUAAUAUGUCAAUGCCGUGCGCGCGCUGUGUUGACAUCCAUUAGAAUUUCAUACCUUUUUGGUAGCGACCAGCACGGAGCAAUGCAUGAGCAUCUAUCAUCAACAAUCAAAUGAUGUGACCCAUUGUUUAAGCCAAACAAUCAGCGAACACAAGGCAGAGAAAAUACAGAAAAGAUCGAUAAUGGCAUUCAACAGGCUUUUAUGUGCGAAUAAUGGAGAACAAGUGCCGUUUUCACAUGUACACUAAUACAUGACUUUCAUUCUCUAUCUUGCUCCCUCUCUCUCGCUCUCGCUUUUGCUCGGUUUCAAUUACAAAAGGCCAAAAAUAUACACUUGACUUUGUGAAUUAUGAAGCAUUCAUUGGCGGCGGUGGCACCAGCAACAACAGAAGCAGCCACGUUGGUGGCGACGUGGUUGAGUGCAAAUGCGGGGCACGGAACAUGUUAUCUCUCAUCUAUGCCAUGAGUACAACUAAAUACUAAACGGAAGUGAUCUGUAAAUAAGCAAAUGAUUUUUUAUAAACGUUAGAUAAACUUCGGUGGUGGUGGCGGGUGAUGGCGGUAGUGAUGUGUGUACAUUGGAAGGCGUAUGUAUCGCGCUUGAGUACAUUUUAUCUUCUGACUCUUAAGAGAUGAUCAGAUCACAACAGAUCAAAAGAACACUUUGCGAUGUUACGUCACUGACAAAACAACAAUGCACAACGACGACAACGGCAUAAGGAUAAAAGGCUAUUUCAGCUGAAGAAGAAGAAGAAGAAGAAGAUAAACUGUGAUGAUAAACAAUGGCCGGUGAAAAAGCGAGCGAGAAGCCGAUUCAUAUUACGCCUACUGCCUCAUCAAAACUUCUAUUUCAAAUAAUAAAUGCUAAAUCGAAUUUCUGCAUUAGACACAUCGCAUCAGACAAAGAGCUAAAUUGGAUAUUCAGUUGCUCCUAAGAAAAAAAAUGUAGGAAAAAAAAACACAAAUAAUUUUUGUCGAUUUUUGCUCAUCGAACAUGAAACGACAAUGGCAUUUAAUCCGCCUUGACUCUGGUUUUUCUAAUACAUUAAGCUCGAGCGGACAAGAAAAAAAGCGAACUGAUCACACAAAUACAAACACAAUACAUACUACCUCGAAAUAAUGGUGUGCUACGACGACACGGAUGUUAAAUUCGUUUGCAAUAUUCAUGGUGUAGCACACACACAGUGCACGCUUGUGUGUCUACAUCGAUUCAGUUUUCCUAUAGACGAACUAAUUUUCUGUUGAAAAGAAUAACAAAAAUAAAUUGAACCAAACAACAGCCACUUUUUGCUCGUUUGGCAUUUUGCACUGGGUGUGUAUGUGUGUGGAUCGUCGGAAAAAUAAUGAAAUUUUCCAUUGAAACUAAACGAACUAAUAGCGUUGCAGAUAGCAACGUUUGUUGUGUUUCAAGCUCAAGUGUGUUCAAUGUUCAUGUUGAGCAAAAGACUCCAUUUAUUCAUAUGAUAUUGUUUCAAGUCAUUGUAGACAAGAAGAAAAAAAUGAAAGAGAACAAGCGAGCGAGGGAGAGAGAGAGAGAGAGAGAGAGUAAAAGAGUGAAAAAAAAGUAUUGCCAGCUUAAUGCUACCCGGCGAUAGAUGUGUGUGUGUGUGUGUGCUUUUUUGCUUCUUUGCUCUCCGUCGUACUAUGAAUUACAAACGUAAUUACAUCUCAAGUAAAGUAACAGAGUUCGGCUUUUAUGAACUUAUUCUGUAGUUUUUUUUUUCUCUAGCUUUGUCUUCUGUUGUGCCAAACACGCGCUCACAUUCUCAACGAAUAGUUUAUCACUAAAGUGGCUGCGAAACGCUUUGAAUUCCCGUCAUGACAGCGACGAAAGAGUCAAUGGAUGGAUUUUCUUUCAGCACAAUAUACAUAUAUACGUCUGUAAUAAAUACUUCACGCAUUUAUGAAUGAAAUAUAUCCACAAUUGAUGUUGAUAACCGCAUCGUGUGGUCUCUCUCUCUCUCUCUCUUUAUAUGCAGAACAACAAAAACUCUGUCCAUCGACAAACCCAGAAAAAAAGAUGAGAAACGUUUUUGUAUCAAAAUCCAGAAGAGAUACGCGUUUAGAACAACAACAGCAUUGAAAUUAAUGGCAAAACAGAGGAAACGACCAUUGUGUGGCUAAUGGUUGGCUAUUCACAUUAUUUUUUUUUUGUUUCUGUUGUUAAAAUCGUUCAAUUAGCAAAUAGUUACAGUUGUAUUUAAAAAAAAAAUCAAUUUCUUCCAGCUUGUUAUCUGAUUUGCCAACGCAAUCGACGGUUUAAUUAAAACUUACAGUUGGCAUAUUCAUUCAAUUAGCGACAAAUUUAUUAAUUAUUCUCUCGUUGUAUUUGUGUUAUGUGUCUGUGUGAUUGUAUACCGAAGCGGCCACCCAUGUUCGUAUCAUAUAAGCAAGAUAUGUGCAUGCACAUUGCAGUUAAGUGACUCUCUUUCCCUCUGUGUGCAUGUGUAUUUUCACCAUUUUCUGCUUUGCACAACAAAGUUUCGGAAAUGAAGUGGCGAGAGCGCGUGGGUGCGCUUACACUUUAUUAAAAAAAAAUACGUUGACGAUUCUUGUGUUUUUUUUGUUUGUUUCUAUUUGUUCGUUUUUCGUAUGGAACUGAGUGUGAGCUGCUGAGAAGGUGAAGCAGGAAAUAGUUGUCGGCGUAUAAAGGGGGAUAUAAACACCGAAAUUGCGUCGAAUUAUGCCAAACGAGUUUUAUAAACUAGCGUGCAAAUAGCACAACAAUUAUUUCACAUGGAAAAAUGCAUACACAAGUGUUUCCCCAUCAAAAAUAUUUAGUUCAAAGUUCAUUGUUUUCCCCGUUUCUCACUCUCCCCAUUGUACUCUCUUUCUUCCAAUUUAUGUGAGAAAUAUAUGAAAAACUGUUUCAUUGUUGCAUGCAUCUCUAUUCACAACUAAAUACCAAGUUAAGUUUAUAAAACACACUCUAGAUUUAUUGAAAGGAAUAAAAACGAGAGCUGCUGGAAUAUUACACGUGAUAAACAUUUGAAUGGAACAAAUAAAUUGUGGAAAUGUGUUAUGAUGAUAAAAUUACCCCAAAAAAAAAAACUACUACUACAUUUUAAUUCAUCGAUGUGCUAGCGCUUUAAUGUUUAUGUGGUUUCUAACAUCUAAGCGAAUCAAGUGUGCGUGCGUGCGUGCAUGUGUGCAUGUGUGUGUGUGUGUGUGUGUGUGUAUGCAAUGGGGUAAAUAAAAACUGACAUGAGCUAUAAACUGACAGAAAUCCAUGCAAAACCAUUUUCUAUAUUAUGAUACUUUGUGUUGCGAAUACAAGCAUCAAUUUUACAUUUUAGUUCUUUGGGUUUCGUCGGAAUUGAUUUAAGCAUCCUUUUAAGUUCAUGGCAAUUGGUUCAUUAGUUUAGUUUAAUUUUAAAGCUUCUUGGUUAUUCACAGUGUAACACCUCAAUUUCGCCGGGAAAACUUUCCACGUGAAAUAUUCAAGCAUGUAAUUCAUUGUAUUUACGAUUUAGUACCAAGAAACAAGAAAUAUCAAAAUGUAUUUCACGCAUGUGUGUGUAGUCAGUACACACGGAGUAGGGUAAGGAUUAAUAUGAAAAUUGCGUUGAUCUCAAUUUUUUUUUGCUCUUCUCGUCGACAACUUCUAACUCUAUACAUUUUGACCUAAAAACAUUGCGACUGCAGAUGAAGUAGACUUGCAAUAUCCAGGAAUCGAUUGGAAUUUGACUUCGGCUUUUUAAAGUGGAAAUUUAAUGAAACUUGUUCGUUUUUUUAUUUACAUCAGGGAAAACUAUUUACUUCUCGCGGCGAUACAGAUUGGGGCUUUUUCAAAAAAAAUUGCAAAUCGUCUAUAACCAGGCCUUGAGUUGAUAACCGAUAUUGUAUGCUAUCAGUGUCGGCGCGGGGUUCCGGUGUAAUGAAAGAUAUCGGUCUAUGUGGAGUGUAAAUUCUUUAUUAGUCGAGCAAAACGAUUUUGUUUCAUUUUUAGACGUUUUUUCAAGCAGUAUAAUAAAAUAGUUUUCCCUGAUUUACGUAAAAAAAAUAAGAACUUUACAUUCAUUUCAUUUGGUAUCGAAACACGGUUUCAUCUUUCAUGUGGAACGAUUUAUUCGAGCAUCCUUCCAAGUUUUCCGCUUUCGAACCACAUUUUUGCUGAAGCUAAACAAGUUGUUGAACGUUUACUUCAAAACUCAAGACAUAAAAUUUCCACUGUUUGCGAUAAGUGCAUGUCCAUAAAAACCGCAAACAGCUGAUUAUCGCAUGCAACAAUGCUCGAAAUUCUGGAAAACUUUCCCACUUUCACUGCGAUGAAGCAGAAGAAUUCUCGUUGAACAACAUACACAAACACGGGACAAAAAAAGUUCAUUUUGUAAGUAAGCAACCAAAUCAAUAAAUUUGUGACAGUUUCAUCUGGUGUUGUUAAUGAAAAUCCAAAUAUUGAUGAUCGAUUAUGCAAGUUUAUUUCUUUAAAAAACCGAUGAAAAAUGUUGAACGUCUCCCUAGUGAAAACGACAGAAAAUCCCAAUGUUGCACAGUUUUUGAAAUCCCGACCCGUUGAAAAAAAAAACAAA